GUGUUGCUUUUGAUCUCUUGUUUCGUUAUCUUUUCUCUGCUUUUUUCGCCUCUGAAUUUUUUUCAAAAUUUUUGGUGAUUUAUUUCUCUAUAUUUUCCUUCAUUAUGAAGCAACCCAUUAGUGCAAUCAUCUGAUUCUCAAACGAUGAUCACUAAGGGAGGUUUCUCCUAGAGCAGACGUGAUUUUGGGUUGUACAUUCAAACAAACUGAUGAUAACGUGUGAGUAUGAUCCCGAUGUUGUUCGGUGGGGUCUUCAUCUUCUUGAUGGGGAUCCAUCGUCGAAUCCCAGCUACUAUUAUAAUACUUCCCAAAGCCCCAUUACUGAUUAUGAGGGAGACUAUGAAAGAGAAGCCCAAAACAGCGGAGAGAGAAGCACUGUUGAGAACGAUGAGAUCAUUGCCCAUGCUCUUCAAGAAGAGUUAUCCCAACUUGCUGUUGAGGAAGCAUCUGGCUCUUCACAUGUAGGUCAAGAGCAUUUGCAGGCAUCUAUUCUAGCACAGGAUUGGCUAGGCCCCUCGAGAAACAUCCAUUCAGAUGUUAUGGCUGACGUAGAUCAAGAUGGAUGCCAAGAAGAGGAAGAGGACACAGAACCGGUCGGUUCAAGUUCAAGUCCUGAAAAUAAAUCAAGUGAUGGGGAGGACUCGUCUAGAUCCCUAGAACUAACGGAUGAGUUUGCUUUGGAUGGCGAACUUUGUAAGAGAUUGAACCAAAUGGUCCCUGUGCCUCAUGUCCCUAGAAUUAAUGGAGAAAUUCCUUCUGUUGAUGAAGAAAUCUCCGAUCAUCAAAGACUUGUUGACAGGUUACAACUUUAUGAUUUGAUUGAGCGGAAAGUUGAAGGAGAUGGUAACUGCCAGUUCCGAGCACUUUCAGAUCAAUUUUAUCGUUCGCCUGAGCAUCACAAAUUUGUGAGAGAACAAGUUGUUAAUCAGCUGAGUUCUCAUGCUGAUAUUUAUGGGGCAUAUGUGCCAAUGGCCUAUGAUGAGUACUUGAUAAAGUUGUCAAGAAAUGGUGAGUGGGGUGAUCAUGUCACAUUGCAAGCUGCUGCUGAUAAGUAUGGAGUAAAAAUAUGUGUGAUUACAUCUUUCAAGGAUACGUGCUUCAUAGAAAUUCUUCCAAACGUUCAAAAAUCAAAGAGAGUUAUUUUCUUGAGUUUCUGGGCAGAGGUUCACUAUAACUCAAUCUAUCCAGCAGGAGAUUCACCAACAUGGGAAGAAACUAAGAAGAAGAGAAGGAUGAAUUUUCGGGAGCAGAUGCCAUCGAUUUGUACCGCAAUGUGAAGAGAUAUGUAUAAGAGUGUGUGGAUUGGGGUGGCAUCUCCAUACCCUCUGUCUCUAUCCGAUGAGAAAUUUGACACCCAGUGUUUCUUUUUGUCCUCCCCCGUGCUUACUAAUUUCGUACCUUUUUCAUUUUUUUUGUCAGCGUGAGUAUCAUUCAUUUGUACAUACAUGUUCCAUUCAAUGACUGCGACUCCAGUUUAUUUUCUGUUGUA